AUGGCCUUAGAACCGCGACAACUAAAAAACAUAUUGUCUGAAGAAUUCCCUGGAAGGACGCGUCAAAUUGAAACAUUAUUGAAUUGGUUUGGCGCGCCAAAAGAAAAAACACCACCUACGAUUUUCAUUCAUGGAAAUAGAGCACUCGGAAAAACUGAACUGGUUAGGAGGCUCUUUAAACUUGGCUUCACCUCUCGUCAAUACUCCUUUCUUGAUUGUAGAGUUUGUUAUUCCGCUGAAGAUUUAUUUGGAAUUACGUUAACUCAUUUAACUGGCCAACAACUUUCUUGCAAAAAUAUCAAUGAUUUUGCUAUGAAAUUGCAAAAAACGUGCAAAUUGGAUUCCGAAACUAGAUAUAUGAUCUUUGAUAAUGCGGAUGCAUUAUGGAAUUUAUCAUCGACAUUAACUCCUGCCUUACUGACACUUCCUCAAUGGACUGGUUUAAAUGUUUGUGGAAUAUUUAUCUCACAAGUUCCGUGGGAAAAAUUCAGAGUUGUCGUUGGAAUAUCUGAGCCAUGGCAAAUAUUUUUUCCCGAAUAUACAAAGGAUAUCCAAAUUUCAUCAGUUAUUAUUUCUUGCCCAGAUGACGAAGAUUUAUGUUUCUACAAAGCGUUUAUUGAAAAUGUUUGUGACUCAUUUUACGAAAAUUGCGAUUUGAUUGAUUUUUUUCGGCUAUUACCAGAUCUUUUUGAUAAAUUCGUUGAACCUGUACAAGAUGAAAGAGCAACAAGAAACGAUAUAUCUCUGUUGUGCAAUGAAUUGAAAUCACAUUUCAAUGCAGCAUUGGAUAAAUUAUACUUACAGAAUAUUUCAGCAGCUAACUUCGGAGAACAAUUGCCUCAAUGGUCGUUAUAUUUGUUAAUUGCGACAUUCUUAGGUUCAUACAUUCCACAAAAUCUUGAUCAGCGUUAUUUUGCAACAAAGGCAUGUGAGAAACUGAAGUUGCCAAGAACACCAAAAAAGCAAAAACUAUCGCAUGAUAAUAGCCCAGCAAAGCUUACACAACAAUUAAAAGGACCCCAAUCAUUUGAACUGGAACGCGUUUUGGCUAUUUUUCAAAGUAUAUAUCAUGAUCACAAGAACAUUCAAACUGUCGAUAUACACCAACAGAUUGAAUCGUUUGUUGCACACCAUCUUGUAGUUUGCACAGUUCCAUAUGAUCGUCUGGGAAGCCGUGCAUAUCGGUGUAAUGUAAGUUAUGAUUGCGUCAAACAAAUUUCCGGAGAUAUCGAUUUUGAUUUAUCAAAGUAUCUGGAUGAAUUCGACUAUAAUUGA